UGAGCUUCAACCUACAGUCGUUCCUGUCUGCUAGAUAAUGCAACAGAUUUUCUUCUAUAUCCAAAUUUAUACUCUCUUCCAUACUUCGGAUAUACGAACAUGCCAAUUGACCUAUCCUUGACCCAAUAACCGUACCACACCUCCCUCUCGUCCCGAUAGACCCUCUCGCAUCUUCGAGGGACCAACAGCAGCAUGGCAGGAUCCGCCACCAGAAAAGGCUCAACGCCAGCCAAGAUCCCCCUCGGCGCCAAAUCUCAGACCCCCGCGAAGCGAAACGGCAGUCUGCUGAACUUCUUCCAAAAAGCCGACGGACCGCCCAAAGCCACCUCCACCCAACCCCGAAUCACUCAAUUUGCCACCAAGACCGCCCGGCCGACCAGCAAUGGCCACAGCAGCACACCGACGCUGCGCAGACAAGGGAGCUCCACAGCCAGCAACGGCGCAGGCGAUCUGUUCCUCGAGGACAAAAACCGGAACCGAUCCGCGACCUACGCAGCCCCCGAGCCGCAACGGACAGCACGGUCGAGAACUCCCGACGAUAUCUGGGAAGGCGAGCCGGAAACGCCGGCGCCAGCGACAGCAGCGACCGAGGAAGACCGCUACAACGAGAACGGAUUCUCUGGCGUCAAGAAACGCAAGCUUGAUUCCCCGCCCGCCGCCGGCGACGACGCAGCAGCAGCAGCAGCACGAGCGAAGCCGUCCGAUGCCAACGCUACCCUGGUAGCGGCGCCCGCGAAGAAAUCCCGUCACCUUAGUGGUCCCUUCAUCGACGAAUCCGAUAGCGAGGAGGAAGAGGAUCUGGAGAAGUUCCGUGAUUACGCGGAUGGGCCAUCGGUCGCAUCAAUAGACAAGCCCACUGCCAAUGCGACAGAAUCGCCCGUCGACACCGAGGAAGCAGAUCCCACAGCUAAAACACGACCGACGCCCGCUGUCGAGACACCACCAUCCUUGGUAAGAGAAACCACGAGCUACACCGAACCUGAUGAAUAUACGAAUUUUGACGAUAUGCAAGACGAGUUCCGAGGGGAAGAGAAUUUCUUAGAUGCCUUUGAUGAUGAUUAUGAUGAUGACGACGAACAUGAUAAUCAAGUGAAGGAGGUUUUGAUUGGAUUGGAGGAUUAUAGUAAUGGCCUGGAUGACGACGGAAAUACGUUUGGCUGUGAAGUGCCCAUUUGUCCGAUCUGUCAGACUAGUUUGACUGGUCUGAAUGAAGCUGUAAGUUGUUCCGGUUACGAAUUGCAUGGGCAGUAUGGUAACAGUUAUUUUGUUCAGGAUGUCUCGGUGCACGUCAAUGACUGCUUAGAUGGCAAGCCUAGUACAAUACAGCCAAAACCCGAUCCUGCGGUCAAGUCUGAGCCUGAGAUCGAACCAGAUCCCGAAAUCGAGCUUGAACCCGAACCGCCAUCGAAAGCACUGACUCGUUCGGACCGGGCAGCGAUUGCUCGCCCCGCACAACGUGAUCCUUACGCUUCCGGCGAGGCUGGGGCCAGGUCAGCCUUCUCUAAGCUCAUGGCUGGAAAUGCGGAGGAUAGCGCCUGGGCAGCAGCAGCAGCCAAUGAAGUGGCAUCCAGAGGCAAGCAGGCAUAUCAACGGACCUGUCCGUUCUACAAAAUCAUGCCCGGGUUCUCAAUAUGCGUGGACGCGUUUCGCUACGGUGCUGUCGAGGGCUGCAAUGCUUACUUUCUGAGUCACUUUCAUAGUGACCACUACAUUGGCCUUACGGGUUCAUGGCGACACGGUCCAAUUUACUGCAGUCGUGCGACAGCCAAUCUCGUGUGCCAGCAGUUGAAAGUCAAUCGUAAAUGGUUGGUGCCACUCGAGUUUGAGAAAAGGACGGAGAUCCCUGGCACGGGCGGAGCACAUGUGACAAUCAUCGAAGCGAACCAUUGUCCAGGAAGUGCCAUUUUUCUUUUUGAAAAGACCAUGGGAUCUGGCCCAUCGAAACGAACGCAUCGGGUGCUUCAUUGCGGAGAUUUUCGCGCCUCGCCGCUCCAUGUGCAGCAUGCACUCUUGCGCCCGGAGGUUGUCGAUCCCACCACAGGUCAGCGUCGUCAGCAACAUAUAGAUGCUUGCUACCUAGACACCACGUAUUUGAGCCCCAAAUACGCCUUUCCAAGCCAGGAAGACGUCAUACAGGCUUGUGCCGAUCUUUGCGUGGAGCUGAACGAGGGACAGCAGAAAAGUAGCGGGCUUGCUUUCGGCUCAUCAGGUCGCUCGCCUGGGAUCGGGGGAGGGUUGAUGAGCAAGUUCGUUUCCAAAGUGACAGGCUCUUCGGGGUCGCAGUCUUCGACAUCGAGCUCAAGUGGCCGAUUGCUGGUGGUGAUCGGGACCUAUAGCAUUGGGAAAGAACGUAUCUGUCUGGGAAUCGCACGCGCUCUGAAGAGCAAAAUUUUCGCCACCCCAGCCAAACAGCGGAUCUGCGCCUGCCUGGAGGACCCAGAGCUGUUAGCGCUGUUGACGGAUAACCCACGCGAGGCACAGGUGCAUAUGCAGACCUUGUUUGAGAUUCGAGCGGAGACGCUGGCUGACUAUUUGGACACGUUGAAGCCGCACUUCACGAAAGUGGUGGGCUUUCGACCGACCGGCUGGACGUACCGACCGCCCGCGGGACGUAUGCUGGAUAACCCUCCUGUGUCGACGGUGCUUCAUUCGGCACAUUGGCAGACACCGUUUUCGGCACGCGACCUCGUGCCCCAACGGGGCAGCACGCGGGAAAGUGCCUGUUUUGGGGUGCCGUACAGCGAGCACAGCUCGUUCCGGGAACUGACCAUGUUCUGCUGCGCCCUUCGGAUCGGACGGGUCAUCCCGACCGUGAAUGUGGGCAGUCAGAAGAGUCGUGAGCGCAUGAAGGCGUGGGCUGAGCGAUGGGAGGCGGAGAAACGGAAGAGUGGUCUGUACCAGGUCAAAGGCGAGCGGUGGUGACGCAGGGUAGCAUUACUGUACAUAAUCUCAUUGGACUCCGGACUUGUACAUACAUACCUUAGUAGUAGGAGGUUUCCAAACUCAUGGA